AGAAAUGUGGAAUAUCCCGCGAGCAGCGCACGAGACACACCGAGGAUCAUUUCCGCUGCAGAGGAAAAAUUAAAUUCAGAUUUUUCUCUUUUUUUGUUUUUUUUUCCAUUUUCGGGGCUGAAAUAUUUUGGAUGUUGCUGCUUCCUGCCGGGACACACACACACACACACACACACACACACACACACACACACACACACACACACACACACACACACACACACACACACACACAUUCACUGAGAGUUCAGCCUGGUACCGGACGGCGCGUGCGUGCGUGUGCGGGGGUGUGUGUGUGUUUCAUUGAUGGCUGUUGUUGUUGAACGUGCGGAGUUCUGCUCACCUUGUUUUUGACCUGUGUGUGCGCGUGCGUGAACGUGUGCGUGCUGAGCGUGACUCAUAAACACAUUUAGUGUGUGCGUGUGUGUUAUUGGAGAGAAAGCAGAACAACAGUGUGUGUGUGUGUGUGUGUUGAGAGUGUGCAUGUGCGCGGCCCGCAUCCAGCACGCAGCAAAUCAAUGAGGAUGGAUUUAUUUACUUUGACACGCGAGGACAGGAAGUGAUUGUUGAUGGAUUUUAAAUCAGAAAGUUGAAGCUUCAGAAACUGGAUCUGACUAAAGACAACAACUAAAGACAUGUUGAGCUGAGCUUCCUGCAGGCCGACGGCCAACCAGAGGACCGCUGGGCUCGCAGCAUGGUGGAUGCCAGCACAGCUUUCAGGAUGAACCCGCUCGCUGCCCUCAGCAUCGACCGCAACGCUCUGGUGGGGGAGAACCUCCGCCCCCACGCAGGACUCUUCUAUCCUGGGAUUCACCCUCUCUCUGCAGAAAAGCCCCAGGAGCCGGGAACCUCCCUCCCACUCGGCUACGAUCUCCUGUACAAACAAGAUGUAGCUCUACUGAACGGCCAGAAAUCUGCAAAUGGGUAUAUUGGACUUUAUAAGAACCCACCGCCGGGGUUGCAGAAGCCCAUGUUAGUCCCAGUUGCAGGAGGCGAUGGCCUGGGGCUGGACCGGAGAGUUGGACACAAUGAUAAGCCAUCAGAAUUGGGCCUGAAUGGUUCCGGCGGUUUCCUGAGGUUACCCUGGAUGAGCCCUUAUGUCGAUGCAACGAUGUACCCCUUCCUGGACAUGGCUUACAAGGCCUCCUUUCUGUCACAGCCAAAUCCGUUCAUCCACCAGCAGUUAGCAUAUCAGUCUUUGUGUGCAGCAGGGGCAGGAGGCAGCACACAGGGGGAAGACAGACUUUUCUACCUGCCUCCUUAUGCCCCGGUCCAUAUCUCCUCCCAAAUGGGCCCUCCCAUCAGGAUCCCUACAGCCCCUCCAGCUGCUGUCCUUUCCCCCAUGGCUCACUGCCAGGAUAAGGCCUUACAGGGUCUUGGUCCUCAGGUCCAUCAGGAACCUUCUGCCUUCAGCACCAGUCCUCAGAUCCAUCAGGAGCCGCAGCAACAAGCUGUUCGCCACACCGAGCGACAACAUGGAAGCAGUAGUGGUGGUGCAAAGUCCAGUCGGCCCUCGUCCACCAACAACAGUCUGAGCAGCAGCACUGGUGGAAGCAGCAGUGUCCCAGUAAGCAGUUCAUCAAGCACUGCUGCCUUAGAGUCACCUCCAGUAUCCCAACAUCCAGGCUCGGUUGCCCCACCCCAACCCCUCAACAACACCACUGCAGACCUCCAGAAGUCCCUUUAUAGGAGCAAGUCCUCAUCCUCAGCUUCAGUGUCAGUGUCGCAUCCCUUCUACAUGAGCAGCCGGAGCUCUGAGCACAGCUCUCCCAUGCGCUCAGGCAGCAACAAAACCAAAGACGCCAGCUCAGACCGCUGUAGUGCAGAGAAAUGUAAAUCACCUGCAAAGACUUCACAGGACAGAGCUGUACCUCAAAUGCCUGCCAAAAAACCGGGAGAAAAACCUUUAGAUCUGACAGCCAAAGAGUUGGAAGGAUUCCCAAAUGGAUUCCCGUCCAAAUUAGAGGCCUUGGCCAAAUUGGGGUAUUUACCACCAUCCCGAUACGGGUUGUUAGCUAGCCAGGAGCAGUACUUGAAAGAGGGUCUGUCCCCUCCUGCUAGCACGUCAGCAAAAACUCCAGAUCGUCCUGAGAUGAUCAACACUGCACCCUCUCCUUGGAUUGUCCCAGGUACUCCCCCAGCUGUCACCUCUGACCACAGCAAAGGCUCGCAGAUGAUGAAACACAAGAAUGUAGACGGUGUUACUCAUCAGUCACAGCCUCAGAGCUCACCUGCCUCGACAGCAGUGGAGGUGAGCAGCAUCCCCAGCCCCACCGCAGGGGGAAGACCUUCUGCUCCGUCCCUUUCAGUUAAGUCCAAAGCUGAUUGGUCACGAGUUUCAGCUGAUUCUGAGAAGAUCCCUUCAAAUAGCAAAGGGGAAACUCGAAGCUCUGGAAAACAGACCAUAACUUCUGCUAAGUCUGAUAGUCAAGAGAGCCAACCUCAUCAGCAGCAUCAGCAGCCUCGGAUGGAAAACGGAAACACCUCAAGCCAAAUGUACAGUGACUCAUACCUUCCUCCUGGCUUAGGUUACACUAACCGCUACAUCCCAUACUCAGUUGCAGAGAACAUGUCUCUGCAGCGCAUGUCCAUACCAGGCAAAGGACCCAUCUACCCCCAUCCAGUCCUGAUGGGCAGCGGCAGCUUUUACUCGCCUCGUGUUCCAUCUAAACAUGGCCUUCCAUAUGGAGUACAUCCAAACCAGGCUGACUUCAUGACAUACAAGAACUCCCAGGGCAUGUCCCACCCAGGUCUUGACCGACUUGAGACGCAGGAUAAAACCUGGAAUGCGGAUCCAUACAGGAACCAGGAAAGACCCGAAGCUGACAGCUCCCACAAGUGUGACAAUGAGAGAGACAAGUCCACAAACCAAACUGUGAAAGCUUCAGGCAAAAACGUCACAGCUGUCAGAGACGACAUAGUUUGUAUUGACCUGGUGCGUGAUGAGGCUGAUGAAGAUUCGUCCACCAACAAGCACAGCUCCACUUUUACUAGAAGAGAUAAUUCCUCUAAGCAUGCUGGCGGAGGCUGUAACCUCAACCAUGAAAGAGAGCUACAGCCUCCCAAAGCCCUUCCUCCCAGCCAGGCUGCAGAGCAUAGACAAGGCUUACUCGCCCACACUUCCCAUCCACAACCUCUUCAUCACAACUCCUCUUCACCACCUCCUGCUGGGGAGGAGAUCCCAGAGGAGAUCUCAGAAGACGAGGAGCCAUUUUCAGAUAUCCCAGAGGAGCAGACGAUGCGCUGUGCCAGAACUUCUCUUCAGCAGUUCUCAAGAAAAUGUAAAACUGGAGCUUCUGAUGGCGCCGAGAUAAGAGAUGGGGAUAAUGGUGCUAAAGGGAACAGCGCUAAUAAUGAAGCUAAUACAGUGACUCCAGCUCAAAGCCCUCCCAGAAAUAGCAACUCAUUGGUUUCUGUUAGUAAAGAAAGUUAUUCUAGUGACUGUACCAAUUCUAGCAGCAUCACUGCAGCAGUGUGUACAGUCAGCAGCCCCAAGAGUCCAGGUUAUGAGGGCAGCAGUCAUAGUGAUCGAGAUUUCACUCAUCAGGUCCCAGCGUGCAGGAGUUUUAAUUCCAGGGUCCCAGCUGUUGGGGUCCUGAGUGGUAACAGUAACCUGAGAGAUGCCAACAGUCCAAGUUUUGUCAGCAGAAGUUUUGUGGGUCCGUGUUGCAGAAAUCUGCCUCUGAGGACGCCGACGUGUGAACCCAGACUCUUCAGCGGCCCGACUCGUGGAAACAUCAACCCUGUGGCUCCAAACUGCAGGAGCAUCAACCCUGGAAACACCAACCCUGUGGCUCCAAACUGCAGGAGCAUCAACCCUGGAUUUACAAAUUUUGAAAACCGCAACGUUGUGCACCAAGCUAGUGGAAACAUCGGUCUUAUGGGUCAGAACAGCUUCAGUGGUCCAAGUUGUGGAAAUAACUUCUCCAAGGUUCAGGCGUUUGGAAAUAACCAAACCUGUGUGAUUAACAACUGCAGGGUUCCAACAUGUGGAAGCAGUUUUCCUCAAACCUGUCGGCACAUUGCACCUGGGAAUCUGACCAACGCCGGUUUCAUCAGGAUGCCUGCGGACUUUACUACAGAACCACUGGGUGACAAAGACUUUAAAUGUGAAGGCCUUUCCUCCAGUGAGACAGGACGCAGGAACGAGACACCAAACUCUGGCCUCACCUCCACUAGCACCGAAGACGAAAAUGAAGACGAUAAGUUGGACUUCCAGGACCUGUUGGAUGGCGAGGACGACGACGGCCUCGGUGGCAUCAAGUGCCGGCGCUCCAGCCUCGCCAGGCGCAUCGCCAACUCAUCGGGAUACGUUGGCGACCGGAUUAAAUGCGUCACCACCGAGCUUUACGCCGACUCCAGCAAGCUCAGCAGAGAGCAGAGAGCGCUGCAGCGUGCAAUGCUGCGUUUCUCUGAGCUGGAGCUGAAGGAGAAAGAGGGAGGAGGAGAGGAAGAAGAAGAAGAAGGAGAAGAAGAAGAAGGGAUGACAGCAGCGGCGGUGGCAGCAGCAGGGGAGAGGGAGCUGGCAGACGGCCAGCGGGGAGACGGAGGGAGGGAAGAGGAGGAGGAGGAGGGGGGGAGGAAGAAAGAGGGAGGAGGAGGAGGAGGAGGAGGGGGGUGGGAGCGCUGCCAACAGAGCGAGGGGAGGCGAGGAGGAGGAGGAGGAGGAGGAGGAGGAGGAAGAACUCCCUCUGCAGCCGCCGCCGAGGCACCGAGAGGGUUACAUCCGAUCUGUCCUCUCAGCCGUUUCCCCGUCCUGCCGCUGUGCCGCCAACCGGACAACCUCCCGCCAGCCGCCGCCGUCCGAGAGAGAGACGACGGCUCGGCUGAGGAGGAGAAGAAGAAAGAUGACGAGCAGGAAGAGAAGAAGACCGAGGAGAGGAGUUUUAUCUCACAGCAGGAACAGCAGCAAAGGUUUCUGUCAGCAGCCAGAGGUUUGUUCCAGGGAAACGCCUCCACGCCGCCGCCAAGUGCCACGCUGCCGCCACCGGGCAACAUGCUGCCGGUCAACGCGCAGUUGCCGGGCAACGCGCCGCCGGGCAACGCGCCGCCGGGCAACGCGCCGCCAGGCAACGUGCUGCCGCCGGGCAACAUGCCGGGACUUGGAGGAGCGAUUAACCGGAGUCGGAUCUUCAGCCUGGAGCCGUUUCACCAGAGCAGCAUCAUCAGCAGCCGCAUGAAGAGAGAGAGAGAAGAAGACGAGCGAGCCGGAAACGCCAACAAGAAAACCAAAAUAACCAACGACUCGACUCUGGACGACGUGAAGAAGUUGAAGGUUUGCAUCGAGCUCAACGGCCUCCGGCUCAACAAGCCCCGCCUCCCCUCGGAGCUCGGCCAAUGGCUGCCCGGCGGCCAGCGGCCAGCAGACGCCGACAGGAAGUUCAGAGUGGGCCAACAGGAAGUCCCGCCCAUCAGGGGAAGGUCGGAGGUCAACGGCGGCUGGAGGGACGUUCAGAGAGUUUUCCACGCGGCCUCGCCAUCGUCUCACGGCCAUCUCCCCCGGCAACCGUUCACCCCCUCCGCUUCCCGGCAACCGCCUCUCCCCUCCUCCCGCCUGCAGGACAAACACCAGAAGCUGAAGGAGAGCCGCAGAGUCUCCACCUUCCUCCCGUCCUUCCCUCGUCUUCCUCUUCCUCCCUCCUCACCCUCACCUCUCCUGCCUAACCCUCAUCAUCAUCAUCACACCUUCCGUUGCCGCGACGACGACAACCUCGACAAGCCCAAGGGCAAACGUUCCUGCAAGACGAAGCACAUGGGCGGCGAGGCGGGGAGAGACGGAGGAGGAACUGAUGAUGACGAGGAGGAAGAGGAGGAGAGGAGUGGAAAGAUCUCUCCAUCUCGCCGGCCUUCCUCUCCGCAGCACGCUGUUCGUCCCGUCCCUCCGGAGGUUCGACGCCUCAUCGUCAACAAAAACGCAGGAGAGACUUUACUGCAGAGAGCCGCCCGGCUGGGAUACGAGGAGGUGGUGCUGUAUUGUCUGGAGCGACGGAUCUGCGACGUGAACCACCGAGACAACGCCGGUUACUGCGCCCUGCACGAAGCCUGCGCCCGCGGCUGGCUCGGCAUCGUGCGCCACCUGGUGGAGCACGGAGCCGACGUCAACUGCAGCGCGCAGGAUGGAACGAGGCCGCUCCACGACGCCGUGGAGAACGACCACGUGGAGGUGGUUCGCUACCUGCUGGCGUGCGGCGCCGACCCGACGCUCACCUCCUACUCCGGUAGAGGACCGAUCAACAUGACCCACAGCGCUGCCAUGGAAACCUUUCUGGAGGACUAUCUCUCUGACCUGCAGGGAAGGUCCGAGGGCGAUCCAGGAAUCUGCUGGGAGUUCUACGGCAGCUCCGUCUGCGAGCCGUCCGGUGAAGCAGGACUGUACAACAUCCUGGCUGAUCCACCUGGACCAGAGGAGGAGGAGGAGGACGAAGAGGAGGACGAAGACGAGGAGCAGCGAGCCAGGAGGGAAGUGUUUGAGUUCGAGCUGUCCGACCAACCGCUGCUGCCCUGCUACAACAUCAAGGUGUCUCUGUCUCAGGGUCCCAGGAACUGGCUCCUCCUGUGCGACGUCCUGGGUCGCCUCCGGAUGACUUCACGGUCUUUCCGCCGCCUCUUCCCUCAGCUCAACGUGCAGUCCAUCCCGGAGGACGACUUCUACCGUCAGGCAUCGCUGUCACAGCUGCUGACGGGUCCCGAUGAGCAGGAGCUGUCCUCCUUCAGGCCGGAUGCCAAGGACCCUCUGGAGCUGGUAGAAGCCACCCCCGAGAUGGCCGGCAUGCUCGGCUCGUCUCUGGAGUUCGUGGACAGUCGCUGGGACUCGCUGGAAACGUCACCGCCUCCGACUCCUCCACCGCCGGCCCCAAGACCGCCUGCAAGACCGCUGCAACGCAUUCCACCAUCUGUACCUCCUCUGCAACCAGGAGAUGCUAAAGUGGACUGGCAGAACAGAGCAGCAGAGUCUGGACAAAGCCAAGCACUUAAACAUGUGGGAUAUUCUCCUGCAGCUGCCACGAUGGAAACCAAAAUGGAUGCAAGCAUGUGGGAACCGCAGCAGCAGCAAGGAAGUAAGAACACCGGAGUUCCUGCUGCAGUGAAACCAAACAUAACAAUGAAUGCUAGCGUGUGGGAGCCGCAGAAGCUCCAGAAUAAGAUCGUUAAUUCUGCUAAUCUGGACUCUAAGAGGGAUUCAAGCAUGUGGGAGCAACAACGGCACGGAGGUAAAUCCACCGGGAACGCUCCCAUCAAGUCCGACGUGGCCGUAGCUGCCGGCGUGUGGGAGCCGCAGCGACUACGAAGCAGGAACGCGACGAUCCCAAACGCGGACCAGUCAGAACCGCAGCGACUACGACAUAAAAACGCUGCUAAUUCAACUGGUGCUAACAUGUGGAGACGGCAGAGUCAGGCGGGAAAGAGCAGCGGUGCGGCGGCGUCAGAUUCAGGUGUUGCGGUCGAUGUUUGGGAGCCACAACGACUGCGGAGUAAGAACUCUGCAGCCGCCAGCGCCGCUAAGCCGGAUGCUACAGCAGAUGCUAACACGUGGGAGCGCCAAGCAGCGAAGAGAGCAAGCGGUAACAACAUGGCGCCCAAAAGAGACGCAUGUGACACCCAAAGCCACCAGGGAGGUAAGACCAUAAAGAUGGACGCCGCCUGGCAAAGGAACUUGGGGAACGUCAGAGUUCACAUAAGGGAUCUGGGGAUGAAAGUCGGGGGAGGGGUCGUCCGGAGCGACGACGUGCAGCAAGACAACGGGAAGCUCGCUGGGAAAGGAGCUCGGGUCAAAACGAAGUCAUGAAACCUGCAGAAUCAGGAAAAGAUUCAACAG